AUGGGCGAGAUGGACAAACGACAAAGAUUAACCAUCCUUAACAUAGUUAUCCGAGAUAUGAGACUCCGAGUCCGUGGCCCUAAUGGCCAGUCUACGGUCACACUAGAGGACACUGCGACGGUAGAGGAGCUUCUUCAAAGCAUCAGCCAAGCGACCUCAUUAACAUCAUAUGAUAUAAAAUAUGGAUAUCCACCACAGCCUCUUACCCUAAACCAAUUUGAUGCUAAGACACAAGUCGUCGAUAUCGGCGUCAACCUUAAUGGGGAGCAGCUCAUAGUGAGCCAGCGGGAAGCACCGGCGGACAAGCCAUUAUCCUCCGCAGAGCAACAGCCAUCAGAGCAGCAAGUGAGAGAGCGGUCAUCUACACCCCUUUCCCUCGCAAAGAAAAAAAGCAGUAUAGAGGACAACGCUCCUGAGGUUCCAUCUCCUGAGCAUGGGGGAACAAUUAUUCUUCGAGUCAUGCCUGAUGAUAACUCGUGCCUUUUUCGUGCUGUUGGCAGUGCAGUCAUAGGCGCGAUGGAUGCAAUGACCGAACUACGAUCUAUCAUCGCCCAGACUAUUCAGGAGCAACCAGAUUUUUAUACUGCCGCGGUUCUGGAAAAGUCCCCAGACGAUUAUUGUCGGUGGAUCCAGACUGAGAAUGCGUGGGGCGGUGGAAUUGAACUUGGCAUCCUUAGCAAGCAUUUUGAGAUUGAGAUAUGUUCGAUUGACGUCCAGACCCUACGGAUAGACCGGUUCAACGAGGGUUGUCCUACCCGUUGCGUCGUAGUAUACUCAGGCAUACACUAUGACACAGUUGCCCUGUCACCGUCUGAUGAGCCUUACACUCAUGCCUAUGCACCACCAGAGUUCGACACCAGGAUAUUCGACUCGUCGGACCCGUUAAAUGCAACGUCUGCGGAGGACUCUUUGUGGGAGAAAAAGGGGCCACAGCCCACGCUUCAGAAACUGGCCAUUAUGACUUUGGGGAAGCAGGCUAAUGCCGGAUACAUUUUCAAUCUUAGCAUUUACGAAAGCCCUCAAUCUAUCUUCCAUGGGUCGCAGACUUUUCAGUGA